GUGGCCCUGCCCGCUCCGCAGUGCUCUGCGCCCGUGGGGCCCUGUCCGCGGCUCCGGCCUCCUACCUGGGCUGGCAGCGGGGGCUCUGGCCCCGGAACCCACCGCUGCUUCCGUGGGCCCAGCCAUCCCGUGGGCACCGCACUGGACACUCCUUCGGGAAGCGCCCAGUGUCCAGCGCGUGCUGUGGGGCUGGGGUCAUGGCAGACGUGUCCCAUGGCGGCGAGUGGCCGCUCGGAACCCCUCGGCGCUUGGCGCCGGGCUGUGGACAGGCGUGUGGUGGGGACAGGUGGGGACGCCGAGGCCGGGCAUUGCUGGCGUCCACCCUCCGGUGCCCGACCCCUGCCCCGCCGGCGUCGCCUUCUGAGGUGCCCGGGCCUGCUGGCCGCCCGGGCCCCUGCGGGGAGCGCCCUGACCGUCCCCUGCCCCAGAGCUGCGACCGCAUCAAGCAGUCGGCCUCCGGGACCAAGCGCCGCGUGUUCAUCGUGGAGACCAUGGGCGGCUACUGCGGCUACCUGGCCACCGUGACCGGCAUCGCCGUGGGCGCCGACGCUGCCUACGUCUUCGAGGACCCGUUCAACAUCCACGACCUGAAGUGGUGGCUGCGCCUGCGGCUCAUGCUCAAGAUGCUGGCCCACUACCACGUCAGCAUGGCCGCCUACGUGUCCGGGGGCCUGGAGCACGUCAGCCGCGGCUCCCUGAGCCAGGACUCCGGCUUCUGA